GGAGGGGCCGCCGGAAGCGGGGUCGCGUCAGUACGCCUGCGUGGAGGGAAGCCUGGGGACGCGGUUCCUGCCCCGAGCAGCCAGCCGAGUGCUUUGGGUUCGCUGAUCGCUGCCUCUUUUUCCCGCGCGGUCUGCUCCUCUAGUUCACCUAGGAUAAUGGCGACAGCUGAAGUACUGAACAUCGGGAGAAAGCUCUAUGAGGGUAAAACAAAGGAAGUCUAUGAAUUGUUAGACAGUCCAGGAAGAGUCCUCCUGCAGUCCAAGGACCAGAUUACAGCAGGAAAUGCAGCUAGAAAGAACCACCUGGAAGGCAAAGCCGCCAUCUCCAAUAAGAUCACCAGCUGCAUAUUUCAGUUGUUACAGGAAGCUGGUAUAAAAACUGCUUUCACCAAGAAAUGUGGGGAGACUGCUUUCAUUGCACCCCAGUGUGAAAUGAUUCCAAUUGAGUGGGUAUGCCGAAGAAUCGCCACUGGAUCUUUUCUCAAAAGGAACCCUGGUGUGAAGGAGGGGUAUAGGUUUUAUCCACCAAAAGUAGAGAUGUUCUUCAAGGACGAUGCCAAUAACGACCCACAGUGGUCUGAGGAGCAACUCAUUGCUGCAAAAUUUUGUUUUGCUGGACUCGUUAUAGGGCAAACUGAAGUGGAUAUCAUGAGUCAUGCCACACAAGCUAUUUUUGAAAUUCUGGAGAAAUCCUGGCUGCCCCAAAACUGUACGCUGGUUGAUAUGAAGAUUGAGUUUGGCGUUGAUGUAACCACCAAAGAGAUUGUUCUUGCUGAUGUCAUAGAUAAUGAUUCCUGGAGACUAUGGCCAUCAGGAGAUCGGAGCCAGCAGAAAGACAAACAGUCUUAUCGGGAUCUCAAAGAAGUAACUCCGGAAGGACUCCAGAUGGUAAAGAAGAACUUUGAGUGGGUUGCAGACCGAGUGGAGUUGCUUCUCAAGUCAAACAGUCAGUGCAGGGUGGUAGUGCUGAUGGGGUCGACCUCUGACCUUGGUCACUGUGAAAAAAUUAAGAAGGCUUGUGGAAACUUUGGGAUUCCGUGUGAACUUAGAGUAACAUCUGCACAUAAAGGACCAGAUGAAACUUUGAGGAUUAAAGCAGAAUAUGAAGGGGAUGGCAUACCUACUGUAUUUGUCGCAGUGGCGGGCAGGAGCAAUGGACUGGGCCCAGUGAUGUCUGGUAAUACUGCAUACCCGGUUAUCAGCUGUCCCCCAAUCACAGCAGACUGGGGUGCUCAGGAUGUGUGGUCAUCUCUGCGACUGCCCAGUGGUAUUGGCUGUUCAACUAUACUUUCUCCAGAAGGAUCAGCCCAGUUUGCUGCUCAGAUAUUUGGGUUAAACAACCAUUUGGUGUGGGCCAAACUUCGAGCGAGCAAACUGAACACGUGGAUAUCCUUAAAGCAGGCUGAUAAGAAAAUCAGAGAGUGCAAUUUGUAAUAAAGCAAUUUAAUUUGUAGGAGAAAAGUUACAUAUUCCUAGUUUGGAUUUAAAAAAAAAAAA